AUGAACGCUGCGUGUGCAUCAUUGGAUACCUCACAUCUUUUACGCAAUAUACUCCAGACAAAGGACAAAUACCAGAGCAAGUUCAUCGAGAACAACAACAGCACUACAGCUCUAAACGACGUCUUCGUCAGGGGCUGUAACUCGGAGAUGAUAUCCCCCCUACUGCAGAGCAAAUCCAGCGAUAUGGCUUACAACAUCAGAGAUAAUGAUACGGAUUUUGACAACGACGGAGAUAUUGAUGUUGCUACAGACACCACUUCCUGUGCCAAUGGUGGCGAUCAGUCAGACGAUCUUGAUGAAAGGUCAUUAGACACUUCCGGUCAGGAAGACGGCUCGAAGGGAAUUGACCAGCAGUCGUUUUUACUGGACAGUAAGGAGGCUAAACGUGCUCAUGUGGAGAACAUCCUGACCAGUAUGAGACAGUCCCCUCCCCAAGACACGUUGGAUUCAUCCACCAGUGCCCUUACUGGAGACCUGAAGCGGCAGAAGAGGAAGCAGCCCCAGCCACAGCAACAUGAGGUGAUCACUCUACACUCGGAAGAGUUGGCUCUUCAGCGGCAGAUCCUUCAGUUGCAAGAACAAAUGCAAGCCGUGAAGAGAAAAAGAGAGGAGGAUUUAUCUACAAACGACGAUGAUGAUAUAAUCGACGAUGACGUAACUGAUGUGGAAAGCAGCAAGCCAAAUAGUCCUCUAACUGGCGUCAUUAAGAGAGCUAGGGUCGAGAAUAUUCUUAGCACCAUGCGAGCAUCGCCGCAGCUAGAUAACAGCGUCGAGGUUGGUCACAGAGUAUCACCGGGAAGUGAAAACGGCAAGAAACAAAAGAGGAAACAAACACAACCGCAACAGCACGACAGAUCAGAACAUUCAAAUAUCAAUAGUAAAUAUAAUAUCAAAACUGAUGAAGAUCACAUAAGUGGUGAAGAUAAUAUACAUGAAGGCCAUCGCCAAAGCGGUCUUUUUGGAGCUCACGCAUUAUUUCGUAACAAUAUCUACCAUCCAAUGGUGAAUAAAGACUGUGUUUCAUCAUUCCACAAUGGAUUUGACCCACACAUUUAUAGGGAAAAUAUUUUUAGGCAUAACUUCUUUGGAAUUAGACCUGAUCUGGAUCCGAUCGCUACUGCUUUUAAGAAAGUGUCAAAAAUGGCUCAUCUGCGAAGUGAAGCUGAUAAUGUUCCCGAAGAAUGCCCAAAGAUUGCUACGGAGGAUCUGACAAGGAUUGCUGUAGCACUCAAGUCAGAGCUGACUCAAGCGGUGAGCAAGGCGAUUGACACCGCAGUCAGCAAAGUCUUCAGUGAGAAACAAACGGGCAUUAACUCGCAGUCUGCAGCCAUAGCGGAUAAUAAUUCGCUGCAGCAGCAGCAGCCUAAUGAUGACAGACGCCAUCAGCCGGAGCAUCAACAAUCCUUCCAACAGCAAAACCAUCAGCAACCUACAAAUUCAUUUCCUCAUUUCCCACACCCAAAUCAGCAGCUUCAGCAUCAGCAACACCAAUUGCGUCAUCAUCAACAACAGCAGCAGCAGCAGCAGCAGCAACAACAAUCACACUCUAAUCAAUUUUCUGAACGCGAAGCCCUCAAAGAGACUGUAAACAACUCCCAGGGAAAGAAAAAACCGGAUCUUGUGCCUUUUAGCGACCAUCUUCAUUUUCUAGAAUGUUUCGGGAAUAGAUUUCACCACGAUAAGAUGAGCGCUUUUGACUCUCUAAAUAAAUCUGACAGCGAACUCAUCACUCCUCACAAUGGUCCUUCCAUGUCCUUUCACCCUCAUUUCCCAUACUAUCUACCAGCUCAGGUGUUGCCUUCAGUAUACAACACAGGAGAGCCGGAACAGACAGAAGCAUUGUCUCUUAUUGUGAACACGCCAAAGAAAAAACGCACUAAAGUCACCGACACAAGGCUGAGUUCUCCAAGAGGCAAGUCCAACGUUUUACAAGACAACACUCCGAGCUCUAGUAUGGACCACACAGAUGCUCAGCGACACCUAGCUGUUGCCUUUCCUCACUUCCUCCCACCCAUCCUCCCUACCAGCGUGGCCAUCACAAACCCCUCCCUUAGUCACUCAGACUUUUUGGCUCUCAGACUCCGAGAAGCCAGUUCUUGGGAACCUCGACUGUCGAGUCCUCAUGACCAGUCUCGUGGAUCACCUCGUUCUCUCAAUGACUCGCCUCAGUUCAUGACUAAGAUCGAGAUGUACGAGAGAGGCAGCAUGAGCCUUGCAGGUGACUUCAUGGACGGAGGCGGCUCAACCUCCACGCUGACUCCCAUGCACUUGCGGAAGGCCAAACUGAUGUUCUUCUACACAAGGUACCCCAGCUCGUCCAUUCUCAAGAUGUACUUCCCCGACGUCAUGUUCAACAAGAACAACACGGCACAGCUCGUCAAGUGGUUCUCUAACUUCAG